ACUGAAACCCAACUGCAAUAUUUUUUCAUCUAUUCGUUCCACUCAGCGCGGAAGAUAAUGUAGGAAGAAUUAUCGACCGAAACAAUUAAAUACAUUUUAAAAGCUAACACGAGGUAGCAGUGAAUGAUAAUAACCAACGUGUGAAGAUGAAUUACGAGAUGAAAACCAAAAUUACGGGCAAAGAUUUAUACGCUAAAUUUCAAGAGUUGAUGCCGGGUGGAGUACUAAAAAAAAUUACUCCAGAAAUUUUAAAUGAAAUAUGUAAUCAUCCAUCAACUCAGCCGUUUCUUAAAUGGUUUUAUGAAUAUGUAGGACCUGACAAUAUUUUAACUAGAGAAGAAAUGCGAUUACGUGAAAAUCUCAAAACAAGUGGGCAAUGGCACACUGGAAAAGAAUUGGAUGAUGCUCUCGAAGAAGCUUUAAAAGAUACUCCAGAACUAAUGUCCUUAAUUGAAGCCAAUAAAAAUUAUGAAAUGGAGCUUACCAAACAAUAUGAGCAAGAGAAAGAAGCUUAUGAGGCAGAUUUAAAAGAUCUUAAAGCAUUUGAAGAAGAAUUAAGACGAAUAAAACAACUCAAUACAAAAUUAUCCGAAGAUUUAGAAAAAGAAGAAACUAUGCUUCUGAAAUUGCAAAUUCAAUCAGAUGAAGCUUACGAAGAUUGUUGCAAAGAUGCUGAAAAGUUUGAUACUGUACACCAUGAGUUAUACAAUGCACUUCAAAGUUUACUAAAAGUUUACGGUGAUGCUGCACAAAUGAGAGGACCGCCUGUUACAUGGACUCAAAUGCCUCUAGAAUCAUUUGUUAAUCAAAUAGAAGCUCAUUAUAAAUACAUACAAAUUCAUAUACAAAAAGAGCAUAAAAAUUUAAUGAUAUCAGAAGAAACUUCAGUGAUUCCGGAAAAUGCUAGUGUAACAACAGAUGAAAGUGAAAAUGAGAGAACGGAAAUGGAAAAAGCUCAAGAAUUAAUGAGAUGUCAAAAAGAUUUAGAAGCUUCAACACUACAUAAAAUUGAAGCAGAAAUGGACAUGGCAUCUAGUGAAGCAAUACAUUUAAAAGCAGCAGAAAUAUACAAUGAUGGAGACACGAAAUUUCCAAAAUCACAAGUUCAGAAAAACAUGGAAAUUGCACAGAUGUUAUCACAAAAAGAUUUAUUAGAAGAAGAAAAUUUAAUCUUAGAAAGCCAGUUAAAAGAAAGUGUAGAACGUUUUGCUAAGUUAUCAAUGACAAAGGUUUUAAUUGAAGAAGCUGAAAAUCGUCUUGAAAGAAAACAAAGGCGUUUGAAAAAAUUUCAAAAUUUUUUAUAUUUUGCAAGAGAUUUGGGUCAUUCAUCUGCAGACUUGUUGAUACUUUUAAUGCAACUGGAGCUUCAAAAGUUUCAGAAAAUAAUUAAUUUAACUACUUCAGCAAGAUCAUAUUUACAAAUGGAGUAUACAUGCUCUGCUAAAAGAACUGAAAUUAUGAAAGAACUGCAAACUCAGUUUGAUAAAAUUACCUCAUUGCCACUCAACGAGCAGAAUAUUUACAACAAAAUUUGCACUGAAAUUAUAGUAAAUAAUGCAAAUACUUCAGAUGCUUUUAAUUUAGCUGAAGAAAAAUAUAAAGAUAUUAUAAAAGAAAAUGACAAGUUGAAAAAAGAAAUUGUCAAGACUGACUUGGAUGAUAUUGUUCAAAAAUUGAAAUUACUAAAAGACAGUUUAAUUAUUGCUUAUGACAAAGAAAUGAGUGGAGCAACAAAAAGUUUUAGAUAUAUGCCUGAUGAUUUAGCUCUUCAAUUUGCAACAGUAUUAAAGAAAUCAGAAACUGUUCAGACCCUUUUUAAUGAACAAAGAAAAAAAUUUAAAUACUUUACGGAUAAAAUCAGUAAAGAUCCAAUUGAACGAGAAAAAGAAAUUUUAUGGCAGAAAUUUUUAGCAAAUCCAGAUGGCUUAAAAGAAAGAUAUGAAAAAUUACAAAGUAUCGCAGAGCGAUCACUUUUCGUUAAUUCUCUUAAUUGUGAGUAAAUAAAAUGUUCUUUUUUUUUUACUUUUCUAUUAUUCAUAUUUAAUAAAAAAAAUGAUUUUCCUU